AUGGAUUUCAAGAAUAGUGAGUGGGCCAGCGAGCCCGCCAGCGAGCCCAUCGCCGUGAUCGGGAUGAGCUGCAAGUUCUCUGGCAGCGCCAGUAAUCCAGACAAGCUCUGGGACCUGAUGGCUGCAGGAAAGACGGGCUGGAGCGAGAUCCCAGAAGACAGGUAUAACCUCAAAGGAGUCUACCACCCCAACCACGAAAGAACCAGCACAACACACGUUAAGGGUGGACAUUUUCUUGACGAGGAUGUGGCCGCCUUCGAUGCGGCCUUCUUCAACUACUCGGCCGAGAUGGCCCAAGUCGUCGAUCCACAAUUCCGGCUGCAGCUCGAGUCGACUUAUGAAGCACUCGAGAAUGCUGGCCUACCUCUUUCUCAGGUCAUGGGAUCACAGACGUCAGUGUUCGCCGGCGUCUUUACACACGAUUACCAGGAGGGCAUAAUCAGAGACGAAGAUAGACUACCACGCUUCAACGUCGUGGGUACAUGGAGUCCUAUGUCGUCCAACCGCAUUUCGCACUUUUUCGACCUCCGUGGCGCCAGUAUGACACUGGAAACGGGAUGUUCGACAACACUCGUGGCCCUUCACCAGGCCGUAAAUACCUUGCGUAAUCGCGAGGCCGACAUGUCAGUAGUGACGGGCGCCAACGUGAUGCUGAAUCCGGACACGUUCAAAGCUAUUGGUUCGCUAGGUAUGCUGUCCCCCGACGGCAGAUCAUUCGCGUUCGAUUCGCGUGCCAACGGUUACGGUCGCGGAGAGGGUGUCGCCACAAUCAUCAUCAAGCGACUGUCAGAUGCGUUGGCUAACAAUGACCCCAUCCGGGCUGUGAUCCGCGAGACAGCCUUGAACCAGGAUGGUAAAACAGACACGAUUACCACACCAUCGGCUGCCGCCCCGGGCGAACUGAUGAGGGAAUGCUACCGCCGAGCUGGCCUUGACCCGCGCGGCACUCAAUAUUUUGAAGCACAUGGCACCGGUACUCCAACCGGCGACCCCAUCGAGGCCAGCGCCAUGGCCGCCAUUUUUGCUAGAGGCGAGGGCCGUGACGAUGAGGACUACUACCUUCGAAUCGGGUCCGUCAAGACCAAUGUGGGCCACACCGAGGCCGCUUCUGGUCUCGCCGCCAUGGUCAAGGGUGUCUUAUGUCUGGAGAAGGGAUUGAUCCCACCCACUGUCAAUUAUGAAACUCCCAACCCGAAGCUCAAGCUCGAUGAGUGGCGUCUUAAGGUGGUGAGGAGCAUGGAACAUUGGCCCGACAGCCUUGUCGACGGACCUCGCCGCAUGUCUAUCAACAACUUCGGCUAUGGCGGAGCAAAUGCCCACGUCAUUCUGGAGAGCGCCGACCCAUGGACUCUGACAUCAGGUCUUGAUGUCAACCCUAUCAAUGGCAACGGCCACACCAACGGCCACACCAACGGCCACACCAACGGCCUCACCAACGGCCUCACCAACGGCCACACCAAUGGCCAUUACAUUCACGAUACCACUGACGACGCCAAAGUCCUCAUCCUGAGUGCUCGGGACGAGCGCGGUUGUCAGCAAAUGCUUUCCGACCUCAAGGCGUACCUGGAAAAGAAAAAGUCGCUUGGACAGGAUGCUUCGGAGCAGCUACUGCGUAACCUCAGCUACACGUUGGGUGAGCGCCGAACACUCUUCCAGUGGGUUGCCGCCCACCAGGUGCGUCUGGAUGAGGACGGUACCCUGGAGGCCGCAAUCCGAGCGCUCGAAACACCUCGCUUCAAGCCCAGCCGCCGAGCCGCCGAUCGCCCACGCAUCGGCAUGGUCUUCACCGGUCAAGGCGCGCAGUGGAACGCCAUGGGACGCGAGCUCUUGACUUCAUAUCCUAUCUUCCGCCAAUCUAUCGACGAAGCGGAGGCGAUCCUCAAGGAUCUUGGCGCGGAGUGGUCGCUCCUCGAGGAGCUCCUGCGCGACAAGAAAACGACAAAGGUCCACGCCACCAAUAUCAGCAUUCCUGUAUGCGUCGCGCUGCAGAUUGCAUUGGUACGUCUACUGGAGUCGUGGGGGAUCACGGCCUCGGCAGUUUGUAGCCACUCGUCAGGCGAGAUCUCGGCCGCGUACGCCGUUGGUGCCCUCACACAUCGUCAAGCCAUGGCGACGGCCUACUGGCGUGCGGUCCUCGUGGCGGACCAGACGAAGCGCGCAUCUGGUGCUCCUAAGGGUGCUAUGGCUGCGGUGGGCUUGGGUGUUGAGGCAGUUCAGCCUUACCUCGACAGGCUAACCAAGGAGAACGGCAAGGCUGUUGUUGCGUGUGUCAACAGUCCUCAGAGUGUCACCAUUUCGGGCGAUGAUGCCGCAGUGCAAGAGAUCGAGGACUUGUGCAAGCAGGACGGUGUCUUUGCUCGUCGUCUCAAGGUGCAACAGGCAUAUCACUCACACCAUAUGGAUCCCUGCGCCGCUGACUACCGAGAGCGCCUUCGACUUGAAAUGGCGCGCGAUGUUGAGCAGCGUACUAAGCAACAACAUCUUCAAGCAUCGAAGCAAGAACUGAAGGCCGUUUUUUCGUCAGCCGUCACUGGAGGACGUGUCGCCGACAUCAAGCAAAUCGCCAGCCCUGAUCAUUGGGUUGGUAGUCUGGUAGGGGCAGUCGAAUUUGUUGAUGCCUUUACUGAGAUGGUCUUGGGCGAUCCGGACGAUCCGACUGGCAGGAGCGUCGAUGUGCUCCUGGAGGUCGGCCCUCAUACUGCGCUGGGUGGCCCUAUCCGCGAGAUCUUGUCUCUAUCUGACUUUGAGGGCCUGGAUCUCCCAUACUGGGGCUGUCUGGUACGCGACGAACACGCAGGCGACAGCAUGCGAUCGGCCGCUCUCAACCUGUUCCGUCAGGGUCACCCUCUUGUCAUGGACCAGAUCAAUUUCCCGGUGCAUGCAUACGAUGACGAGAGUCCCCAAGUCCUCACAGAUCUGCCUUCGUACCCCUGGAACCAUACCAUGCGCCACUGGCAAGAGUCGCGAGUCAACAAGGCGAUUAACGAACGUAGCCAGCCGCCACAUGAGCUGCUCGGCAUGCGCGUCGCAGGCAAUGAUCCCAGCUCGACCGUAUGGCGCCGUAUUUUGCGCGUUAGCGAGACCCCGUGGGUCCGCGAUCACAUGGUACAAGGCAGCAUCGUGUAUCCAGGCUCUGGCUACAUUUGCCACGCGAUUGAGGCAGCUAAACAGCUGGCGGAGGAAGACAAGUCUGGCAAGGACAUCUCAGGUUUCCGAUUGCGGGAUGUCAACUUCCUCUUUGCUUGUGUGAUCCCCGAUGGCGCAGAAGGUGUUGAGAUCCGCACAACACUGCAGUUUGUUUCUGAGCGAGAGAUUGGUGCUCGUGGCUGGUAUCGCUUUGAGGUAUCUUCAGUCACCCUGGAUAACCGCUGGACAUUACAUGCCAAAGGAAUGGUCAUGGCCGAGCGCGGGGCGGCUGCUCCUGAGAAAACAGCAAAGCGCCGCCCGUUGUCGACAUACACACGCCAGCCAGAUCCCCAGGACUUGUUCGCGAACCUCAGAGCGCGCAGUGUCAAUCAUGGGCCGCUUUUCCAGAACACAACUAGGAUUAUCCAGGAUGGCCGAGAAGCUCGCUCCGUGUGCGACGUCACGAUCCGCCACGAAGCCUCCUCCGAUACAGACCCGCUGGUUGCCGCAAAGAACACCUUGGUGCAUCCGAUCACGCUCGAUGCCGUCGUUGUGGCAUUUUACUCUGUUCUGCCUAAUGUCGGUGCUCUGCAGGACGACCCCAAGUUACCGCGUUCCGUUGCGUCUUUCUGGAUCUCGAACGACAUAAGCACCGAGGUCGGCCGUACGCUCUGCUGUGACACGUCACUUCUGCACGAUGAUGCUCAAAGUGGAACGGCUAAUAUCACAAUUUUUGAUAGCGAGACGGACUUGGCGGUGCUCAGCAUCCAGGGACUCGAGUUUGCGUCUCUUGGACGUGGCAGUGGUGCCACUGCCCGCCAGGACGCGGCGAACCGAGGCGGCGCCGCCUUCACCCCCAAGUGGGAGCAAGAGGUGGUCAGCAAGCUCGUCUGGGGACCCGAUUUCUCGCUUCAAAACCCCUUGGCUAUCGAGCAAAUCAAGAACGAGCUGGCAACCAUCGAAUCCGGUGCAACCGGAAUCAAACAGCUCUCUCUACUGUUCCGUAAGGUUGCACACAAGAACCCAGGUGCGCGAGUCCUCUGCAUCGGUAGCGGAACUGAUGCACUCGCGACACGCAGCCUCCUAGAGACUCUUGACCAGCCCCUGGUAGGAAGCUGGCACAUCACCGAGCCAACAUCGGAGUCCUUGGAAGAUACUCAUGCUCAGCUUGCCGAGUGGGCCAGGGUGCUCGAAUUCGACCAGCUCAACAUCGAGGAGAGCCCAACUAAGCAGAAGUUCACCACUGGAAGCUACGACAUCGUUGUAUCCGUUCAAGCUCUUCGCUCCGCCAAGGAUAUGGCAAAUGCUCUUGCCAAUGUGCGCAGCUUGCUGAAGCCCGGCGGCACACUUCUUUUUGCGGAGACGGCCAAUGGAAUAUCGUCGUGGGAUGGCUUGCUUCGUGACGCUGGAUUUCGCGGUGUCGACCUCGAGGUUCGUGACUCCGAGCUCGACUCCGUCGAUUCCAAGAGCGUUGUCAUGUCCACCGUGCCGCUUCCCGAAAACAAAAAGUCCAAACUGAGCAAUCAAGAGGGCUUUGUCGUGGUUACCAGCACCAGAACUUGUCCGCCAUCAGGCUUUGUCGAUGUGCUCUCUCUGCGUAUUAAGGCUUUGACCGGCACGGAUGCCGAGCAUCUUGUCCUUGAGCAGAGCAGCUUCGACCUCUACAAGGGCAAGAUCUGUGUCUUUGUGGGCGAGAUUGAGACACCCAUCAUGGCAGAUCUGGACUCGGUGACUAUGGAAGGUCUACGUGCCAUGGUCACGCAGUGCGAGGGUCUGCUGUGGGUCACCGUCGGUGCUACCGUUGCGGGCGAGAUCCCGGAACGAGCUUUGCACCAGGGAUUCCUGCGUGUGUUGCGCAACGAAUACAUCAGCCGUCGCUUCCUAUCUCUGGAUCUGGACCCUGCACAUGCAGUCGAGAGAUGGUCGUCCGGCGGCGAGACUAUUGUCUCAACCAUCGUGCAAGUUGUCGAGGAAGGAUUCUGCCGUGUCGACUCGGAGACGGGACCACAGGAAUUCGAGUAUGCUGAGCGUGAUGGCGUGUUGCACAUUCCUCGGUACUACAAAGACGAGCAGUACAACAAUAUGGUUGCUGGUUCGCUCGUGCCGAGCUGGGCUGAGCUUCUACCACAAGUUGCCAAGGACGAGAAGGAGGGUGUCGACGGCCUUGCCAACCUUCCUCUGGAGGCUCUAUUCCAAGAAAACAAGCCAUUGCGUCUGGAGGUUGGCAUUCCUGGACACUUGGACACAUUGGCUUUCGUCCACCAUGAAGACGAGCAGCUAGGAUCUGACCAAGUUGAGAUCACUCCUCGGGCCUACGGAGUGAGCUCACGCGAUGUCCUGGCCGCCAUGGGCCAACUCAAGGAUCGUUCCAUGGGCGAAGAUUUAGCAGGAGUCAUCACGCGCGUUGGCAAUGAAGCCCAGGCACGCGGCUACAAUGUCGGCGAUCGUGUUAUGGCGCUCUCGACAGGCGCGUCAUUCGCCAGCCGUGCUCUUGUGCCGUGGCAUGCUGUCGUGAAGAUCCCAAGCAGCGUGGACUUUCUGAGCGCUGCAUCGAUUCCUCUGGCUUUCACUAUUGCGUAUGUCGCUCUCAUAGAUACUGCGCGCCUGGAGGCUGGGCAAUCGGUGCUUAUUCAUGCCGCGUCUGGAGCGAUUGGACAGGCCGCCAUUAUGCUUGCACAGCAGAUGGGUGUAACGGAGAUCUAUGCGACUGCUGGAUCGCCUGAGAAACGAGAGCUUCUCCAGCGCGAGUACGGCAUCCCUGCUGAGCACAUCUUCAAUAGCCGCGACGCAUCUUUCGCCCCAGCCGUCCUGGCCGCUACAAACGGACAUGGUGUCGACGUCGCUCAACUCACUUCCUGGCGCUCUUCUGCAGGCAAGCCUCAGCACGGUUGCGCCUUUGGGUCACUUGAUCGAAAUUGGCAAACGGGACGUCGAGAGUAA